CUCAGUCGUACCUCUUGAGAUCCUAGCCCUCAACAGGACAUCCACGUAGGUCAUCAUCCCUCUUUUUAAGACAUGUUCCGCCCUAGUGGUUGGCCACACUUAAAUUCCAUAUAAAGUGUUGUGGAUCUUUCCGAAGAGGCCUCCCAAUUUUUAAGGGUCCCCGUUCUGAUCGGUCAUACAGUUGUUCCAGGACGAUACAUAUCGAUAAAGAUCAAAGAUCAAGAUCAAUAGUCGAGUCCAUCCAAGCUCUUUGCCAGAUUCACGAUGCGUUCUGCUGCUCUCUUGGCCUCGUUGGCGAUUGGUGCGAUUGCCCUCCCCCUCGACAAACGGCAAGUCGUGACCGAGUACGAAGUCGAGGUCGUCACCAAAACGGUAUACAUCACCGCCGGCUUCCCCGCACCAACUUCCGGACCCAAGCCCACGGAGGAUACUUCUUGCUUGGACGAUGUGUAUGUGUCUGUACCUACCCCUCAGCCGACUUCAGCUCCUGCACCGGAGCCGUCCUCGUCGAAGACAACUCCAACUCCAACACCCACGCCCACGCCCACGCCGGAGCCUGUAACAUCAAGCUCUGCCGUUCCGGCUCCCAGCGCAACUCCAUCUGCGCCUGCUGGUAGCCACGUCUCUGGAGAAAUCCAGGCGACCUUCGGGUCCGGUCCCGAUUACGAGGCUGCAGUUCUCUACCAUCACAACGCUGCCCGCGCUAACCAUGGUGCCGGUCCCCUUGUCUGGGACGCAGCUUGCGCGAACAACGCCCUGAUCGCUGCUAACAGAUGUGACUUUGAGCACUUUAUUCCCGAGGGCGCUGGUCAGGGACAGAAUCUGUUCACCCACUCCGGUGACGAGUUCAACGCCACCGCCGGUAUCACCGAGAGCUGGUAUAAGGGCGAGUUCGAGGCCAUGCAGCCCUACUGGGGCGCUUCCGACAUCCCCGAAGAUGUCUUCCACGAGGUCGGUCACUUGACCGCCAUGCUCUGGAAGAGCACCACCAAGGUUGGCUGCGUCUCGAUCGACUGCGGCACCAAGAUGACCGUCAACGGAAAGGCCUCAGACAUGAACAAGUACACCGUCUGCAACUACGCCUCCGCCGGAAACAUCAAGGGCAACUACGGCAAAGAAGUCGGCGCCCCCGUGUCCACCACCAACCUCGGAAGCUGGCUCGACUAAACCCCCACUCCUCGUCUUCCUUGGAUCUCAUUUCUUUUCUUUCUGCUAGUUACUCACUCAGCAUCUUGCAUGGUGUAUCGGGCAUUAUUCCGACAGGGCGGCGGCUGCUUGCACAGGUGUGGGCCGAGUCCGCGAUAUCCAUUGUUUUUUUUUCCCUUUCUAUAUUCUUUUCCCUUGGCUCGAUGUUGUCUAUAGUCAGCCAAAAAAUCUUCUGCAUUCUUAACUUCAAUGUAUAUACCUUACGGCAGGUCUAGAAGACCGCCUCGUGGGAGGGUUCACCCUUUUUCAUACCACGUGCCGAUCCAAUAUGUCAAUG